AUGCCUCCUAGACGCGAACUGACCCCGCAAAUGCGCUCUCGCCUAUGCGAAUUGAAAUCAAUUGGCCUCUCAUUUAGCCAAAUCCACCAAAGGCAUCCUGAGAUCCCAAUGGGAACGAUUCGCAGCACUAUUCGCCGUGAAAAGGAUCGUGACGAUAACAAAACGGCGCCUCGCUCGGGUCGUCCACGCAAAAUCACUGAAGAGCAGCUCGACCGUCUGCGAGAUCUGGCGGCUUCUACUCCAGGCAUGACAUACAAGGACAUUAUGAAGGAGAUUGGCGCAGAUAUCCAUAAGCGAACUCUUCAACGAACACUCCAAGCCAUACGAAAACAACAACAAAAGGCGCGACAGCUUAAUUAUCGGACCGAAUCGAAGAAACCUGAAAUCUGUAUCCGACCCGUUACGAUACGCUGGGCGGAAACCCCGCAUUGCGACAGCUCUCUCCGAGCAUCGACUACGUUUGAAGGAAGCUGUUAUAGUAAUAUCGCCCCCGUCAUGGCCAAUUGGCGCGACGAAUAUCAUGCUGCGCUGCUGGUUCGUGAUGAGCGAGAACAAGCAAACAACAGCUUUUACGAUGCUUACACACGGCUAGCCGACAGGACAGCAAGUCUUUCUACUGUCAGCAAACAACAUCACCAAACAUCCGAGGAAGGGACACUCUCUGCAUCUCCCGUCCCACAACGAAAAGGGACAGCCACGGCCGUGGAAUCCAGUCCAGAAACUGGCAUAGCUUCACAAACCCAACUCGCAACGGCUCGAGCAGACCUGGCCGCUGCCCAGCGAUCGCGUGCGGAAACCCAGGAUCGGCUGGCUCGCACCAACGCCGAGUUGGAUAAAUUAAAAGCGAAAACGAAGCAAGAUACUCGAAAGAUUGCCUCUUUGGAAGGAGAGCGGACCCAUUUGGCUUUGAGAUUGAAAGAUAGAGAUGAGGAAUUAAGAGGGAAGGCGAAAUUGCUUGAUAACGUUCAAGAUGAACUAGCCUCCUUGAAUCUACAGCUCAAUAUGGCAGAGGAUCGGUCAAGCAAGUUACAGCGCGAAAAUAAGGAAUUGGUUGACCGAUGGAUGGCGCGUAUGGGACAAGAAGCUGAUGCAAUGAACGAAGCGUCAAGAUUUCAAUAG